UGGACAUGUCCCCUGGGGACCCCAAGUGGCUGGAUGUCAUUGAACGUGAUCUGCACCGGCAGUUCCCUUUUCAUGAGAUGUUUGUGUCCCGGGGAGGCCAUGGCCAGCAGGACCUAUUCCGUGUGCUGAAGGCCUAUACCCUUUACCGACCUGAGGAGGGCUACUGCCAGGCCCAGGCGCCCAUUGCCGCUGUUCUGCUCAUGCACAUGCCUGCUGAGCAAGCCUUCUGGUGCCUGGUGCAGAUCUGUGAGAAGUACCUGCCUGGCUACUACAGUGAGAAACUGGAGGCGAUCCAACUGGAUGGGGAGAUCCUCUUCUCCCUGCUGCAGAAGGUGUCACCCGUGGCGCACAAGCACCUCAGCCGGCAGAAGAUCGACCCGCUGCUGUACAUGACAGAGUGGUUCAUGUGUGCCUUUGCCCGCACCCUGCCCUGGAGCUCCGUGCUUCGCGUCUGGGAUAUGUUCUUCUGUGAAGGAGUCAAGAUCAUCUUCCGGGUGGGGCUGGUGCUGCUGAAACAUGCGUUGGGCUCCCCUGAAAAGCUCAAAGCCUGUCAGGGCCAGUAUGAGACUAUCGAGCAACUGCGGAGCCUCAGUCCCAAGAUCAUGCAGGAGGCCUUCCUGGUCCAGGAGGUGGUAGAGUUGCCGGUGACAGAGCGCCAGAUUGAGCGUGAGCACCUCAUUCAGCUGCGGCGCUGGCAAGAGACCCGGGGUGAGCUGCAGUGCCGCUCUCCACCCAGGCUGCAUGGUGCCAAGGCCAUCAUGGAGGCGGAGCCAGGCCCCUGGCCCACCCUGCAGCCUUCACCAUCCAUCCGCCUGCCCCCAGAUGCCCUGCUCCCUGGCUCUAAAGGCAAGCCCAAGCCACCCAAACAGAGCCAGAAGGAGAAGGAGCAAUGGAAGCAGGCAAAGGCAAGCGGGCAGCUGGAUAAGCCCCCAACCCCAAGUCAAGCCAAGGUGGCAGCCGCUGCAGGAGAUGCAUGUCCCCCACAGGAUGUGCCCCUGAAGGAUCCAGCCCACCAGGACCCAGCCCCGCAGGACUCAGCUCCCCAGGAUUCAGCGCAUCACCGCUCCCAGGAUUCAGUCCACCACCACUCCCAGGAGAGCCUGACAUCCCAGGAGAGUGAGGACACCUACUUGUAACCCUGGCAGCUCAGGCCUGUGGGGUGGGAUCUCCACACACCUACACGGCUCACAGACUGACAUUCGAGGGCCUGCCCAUGCUCUGAGGGCCCAGCUGCCUGGCCACUGGGUGGCAGAGAGUCUGGCUGGCCCAGCACAGAGUCUGCCUGAGCCUUUUUAUUUAUUUUCUCCAGAGUGGAGCAUGGGCCAGCCCAGCUCGGUCAGACAGAAGUGAGGGCCAAUGGUCAGGGCCUCACUCAGCCCCCUCCUCCUGGGGGGAUGCUUCCCAGGGCUAGGGUGCUGUUGUGAGGAGAGAGGGUGGGGUAAAAGGUGGGGUGCUCUUUGUGUAAAAUAGAAACAUGGUUUUGUACAGAAAUAAACAGGCUUGUGUAGAGA